AUCUCAGCUCAACAGAUCUUGGUUCUUUUAUGGAACCAAGUUCCAUAAGCCCUUGGUUCCACUUUAUGGAACCAAGUGAUAUUAAAGAUUGCAGGACCCAUUCUGGGUUGGUGACUGGGACCAGAGGUUUGGUCUUCUGGGAGUUUUGGAUUCAUGCUGGAGCCCAUGCUCAGGGAACUUCUCUGUAGCAGAAUGUGUGUUUUGGGUUAUUCUGUGUGUCUCGUUCCAAUGAACGAGGACAUGCGUUCAAUUUUGCAUGAUUGUCAGUAGAGGAGGGACAAAAACAACCAAGGAAACCAGGGAUCCAUCAUGUUCUCAACGCAAUGGAAGAUUUAGGGUGAUCCAUCAUGUUCUCAACUCAAUGGGAAAAGGUGCUGGACACAGUAGAUCUAUCAUGUUCUCAACUCAAUGGGAAAAGGUGUUGGACACAGUAGUUCCAUCAUGUUCUCAACUCAAUAGAAGAUUUAGGAUGCUCCAUCAUGUUCUCAACUCAAUAGAAGAUUUAGGAUGCUCCAUCAUGUUCUCAACUCAAUGGGAAAAGGUGUUGGACACAGUAGAUCCAUCAUUUCUCAACUCAAUUGAAAAAUGUGUUGGGCACAUUAGAUCCAUCAUGUUCUCAACUCAAUGGGAGAAGGCGUUGGACACAGUAGUUCUAUCAUGUUCUCAACUCAAUAGAAGAUUUAGGAUGCUCCAUCAUGUUCUCAACUCAAUGGAAGAUUUAGGGUGAUCCAUCAUGUUCUCAACUCAAUGGGAGAAGGUGUUGGACACAGUAGUUCAACUCAAUGGGAAAAGGUGCUGGACACAGUAGAUCCAUCAUUUCUCAACUCAAUGGAAAAAGGUGUUGAGCUUAGUAGAUCUAUCAUGUUCUCAACUCAACGGAAGAUUUAGGAUGACCCAUCGUGUUCUCAACUCAAUGGGAAAAAGUGUUGGGCACAGUAGAUCCACAGUUUUGAGAGAGGUAGCUUUCCCUAUGCAAGUUAGGUGCCCCUUGAUGCCCCUUGGUUGAGACGUUCUCCUCUUCAAUCAAACAUUGAAGUUUAAAGCGUCAAGCGACUUGAGUGGAAAAUUGAGAACAACUACGAAGCUCUUAGGAAAGUAUAUAGGAGACGUUUACUCUGAGAUGUUACUGCUGGUGAGAAAUACAAGGAAGUUGGGAAGGCGAGCUCAAGUAAUGAAAAGAUUGAAUGCACCUCCUUUUUUGACUCUUGCUCAAACGUACAAUUUCCCCUCCACCGUCUUUAGGUUGGACAAAUAAUGCAACUUUUACUCUUUGUGGCUUUCAUGUCAUCAUACGUUGUAUGGUCAACAGGGAGUGUCUCUGAUCUUAAUACCGGAUAGUAUACAUUGAACUUGGUGGAGUUAUUUGUUCGGGAUAAAUAUUUGGAUAUGUUUGUCUUCCAUGCUUUAAGAAAAACGAGAAGCUAGAAAUCAUAAUUCAAAAAUGACAAGGGGAAAAAAAAAAACCCCACGGAGCUCGUAGAAGGCAAGGCCAAGGAGAUAAGGAUACGAAUUGUUCAUAUAAGAUUUGGAAUUGAAUGACCACCUCAUUCUUGUACGUUAUACCGAGAGAAUAUAGGAAAUUCCUGGCAGAAACCUAGAAGCCCAGUAUAUUGUGAAAAAGAAGACAAAUAUAUAUAUAUAUAUAUAUAUAUAUCCAGAGAUGGAAUUCCUUUGGAACUUGGUGACCGGGGUCAAAAAAGAUGUAGAACAUGUCUUUCAGAACGGAGACCUCCCAAAACUUGGCGAUAUGAUCCAAUUCCAGAUGCUUGGAUUUCAGCAUUGGGGUAUCUACGUAGGCGAGGAGGAAAUUGUACAUCUCGCCUGGCCGCCUGUUGGAGUGAUUAAGUUUAAAGUCCGGAAGGAUAAAAUCAAGGAUGUCCCGGGAGUUCUGAAAACCGCCGUGUGGAACAAAUACGAUCAGAAAUAUCCUCCCUUGGAUCCCGCUUGUGUAGUGAAAAGAGCUCGGAGUAUGGAGAACAAGGUCCUCAGAUUCAACUUCGUCAAUGCAAACUGCGAACACUUCGCCACCUUGAUGAGAUACGACAAGGCGUUGUCUGACCAGGCAAAAAGAUUUUACUUUACUGUAGAUCAGGAUUUCGUGCAGGAGAUCAGAAGAUACUUAGCUGAGGCCGACUGUGGAUGGAAGUGUGGUGAACGCUUCCAGAGAAUGAUUCCUUGAGCCUCACUUCAUGUGGAUUAAAUCUUGGUUUAUGGGAUAAAAUGAAACCGGAGUUUUUCAAACCGAGUCGCUCAAAAGUAUAUCUUGUAUGCUUUGACAAAAAUAAGGAGAGAAUUGGGGAACUUAGAUUUUGUUUAGGUUGGCGGUUCUCAAACUUGGCAACUUUUGACACACCUGAACUUAAAAAUCCCAGUCUUAAAAAGUGCUUCCCCGCCCCCCCCCCCCAAGAGCAACUGGACUUUCUGGGAUUUUUUUGAAGACGUUUCACUUCUCCUCCAAGAAGCUUCUUCAGCUCUGUUGUGUGAGUUGCGCCUUUUUUUUAUAAAUUCCGUGACUUUUCCAAUACUUCAGUGGGCAGGUAGACGGGAUUUCCGCCCUUGGAAAUUUGUGUUCCGUUCUCUCUUUCAAAACCUGCAUUGUGAAAUUAAUCUGUUUUAUUCUUUCAUUUGAGAAGUCGGAGCUGUGCUUUCUGCAGGAUGCUGAAGAAGCUUCUUGGACGAGAAGCGAAACGUUUUCAAAAAAAACCCCCAAAAAAGUCCAGUUGCCUCUUGGGGAAAAAAAAAAGCAUUUUUGGAACAACCAGGACCUGGAUGACUGAGAAUCUCCAGAGACAUUUUAAAAUCCCAACAUUUCCAAGCCAGCUCAAUACAUUGAACUACAUGGCUUGGAUUGGUAUGACCUGCUAAAAUAUAGGUGUUAAUCUUAAAAAGUUGAAAGGAAUCAGAUCUGCUUAGGACUUGGAUAGGAGCCCACUAGUAUUGCAUAAGUAGCAGGCCAAAACAAUUAGAUACAAGGAGAGUAUUUUUCCCCCAGGCCAUUACUCUGCUAAACAACUAAUUCCCACAUUGCCAAACUACGUACUAAUGCUAUAUUGCCAUUAUCCUUCUCAUCUUUCCUAUUACCUAAUUCCUUAGCCUCUUUGUAUUUUAUUAUUUAUGUUGAUGGCUUAUUUAGUAUCCUGUGGCGAUCAUCAAGCGUUGUAUCUUAUGAUUUAGGAUGAUUGUAUCUUACCGAUUAUGAUCAUCAUUUAUCGCUUGUUGCUUGUAUGUACACUGAGAGUUUAUGCACCGGAGACAAAUUCCUUGUGUGUCCAAUCACACUUGGCCAAUAAAGAAUUCCUUUCUA